AUGUCAAACUCGAUUGUAUACGCUAUUCCCGAGGCGAUCUCUCAGGUGAUGGCAGGUGCUCUUCCCGGCGCGCUUGAGAAAGCGCUGGGGCCUCGACUCGACGAGCUGUCGAAGACCAUGGAUAAGCAGAUUCCUGUGCUUUCGGAGCGAGUCGACGCUGGCAUGGGAUCACUUCCAAAUCAUUCCAGCAUGAAGGACGCAGACUUCGGGGAGCAGACCGUUGAGUACAUGCGUGAAGAGUUUGAGAUUCGUUUUCAGACCCUCGAGGCGCAGCUGGCGCUGCUGGGGCAAAAGCUGGACUGCGCCACUUCCGCGCCGCCCCGUUUGCAGUCGAGCAGCCCUGGGCUCAGAGGUGGGCGGCUGAUCGACGAUGCCGCCUCUGCGCCGCUGACCCUGGCCCGCUCGCAAUCGCAGGCAGCCUGCUCUAUUGGUGCGCCUCCGCGCAUCGAGCCCAGAGCGAGACCGAUCGACUACUCCAAGUUCGACAACCUGGACGUGGAUGACAGUGCACACGACCUCAUGAAGGGCUUUCUGGCCGACGUCGUCCGGGAAAGCUUGGGAAACGAUGAGCUCCCGCCAUUCCCAGGGGUGGACUAG